AUGCCGGACUGGUUCUCGGUCUUCGGUCCGGUGGGGCUCCUGUACCUCAGCGCGGAGCAGCGGCAGGCGUUCCGCUCGGCGCCGGGCUCCCGGCACCGGGAGGCCCUGGCAGCGGGGCGCCCCACGAGCGCCGAGCGCCUGGAGCUGCUGCUCGGCCUGGCCGGCAUCGGCAUCCGGGCGCCCUACGAGGAGAGCGCGUUCGAGGUGCAACGCCUUGCCGUGCAGCAGGACUGGCGGCUCGUCACGGAGCGGCUGCACGAGAGCUGGAAGCACAGGCCAGCGUGGUGCCUGUACAUCCACAAGGAGGGCAACGUGGCCUGCAUAGCCGUCCGGGGCACCGACCCAGACAAGUCGCUUGGAGGAGACAUCUUCACAGACCUGAACGCCCUGCCGGAGCGCGCCGUCGGCUCCCGCGGCGUGGAGCUGUGGGCCCACAGCGGCAUGCUCGCCGCCGCACGGGCCCUGGAACCGGAGCUGCGCCAAGCCCUGCGGGUGCUCGUGGCGCGGGGCUGCCAGGCGCUGCUCGUGGGCCACAGCCUGGGCGCCGGCGUGGUCGCGCUGCUGAUGUGGCUGCUGCGGCACGGCGCGGACGGCGAGCAGCUGCCGGCGGGGGCGCAGGUCUUCGGCGUCGGCUAUGCGACGCCCGCCGUGAUGGAUCUCAGGAGCGCGAAGGACUUGCAGUGCUGCUUCACGAGCGUGGUCAACUCGGUCGACGUCGUUCCGCGGCUGACGGCGGCGUCGCUGGCCGAGCUUGCAGGCGACAUCGCGAAGUGCGCGCGGGAGUCGAUGCCGGACCUGGACCAGGACGUUCAGGCCUACGUGGACCACGCCGCCAGCGUCUUCGCGCCGAAGCUUCGCACGGGCACCGAGGCACAGCCCCACUCUGCGGCGGCGGUGGCGCCCGACGAGGCGGCCGAGAAGCGCCCGUCGCACAAGGUGCACGACUGGAUGAGGCGGCUGUCCCGGUCCGCCACCUCGUCCGUGGAGGGCUUCGUGGCCGCCAGGCAGCCUCCCAAGGAGGACGCCGAGGAGGGCCCGAUGCCACUGAGCGCCUUCAUGGGGCGGUACGAGAACAACGACCGCGACAACGGGGGCACCCCGCGCUGCGUGGACGUCGCGGCCGGGAACUCCCACGACACGCUGCUGUGGUCUGCCCCUGGCGGCGCGCGCUGGACGCUCACGCGCACGAGCGAUCCGUACUUGUUCUCGGUGGGGCCCGAGUGCCCUCAUCAGGACUACCAGGCCGCGAGGUUCGUGCCCAACGGCAUACAAGUCGUGGCCGCGCUCGGCCCUGGCAACGAGCUCUUCCAGAAGCACCUGCAGGUCGCCGACCACGGCGGGGCCAGCGGCGCAGCAGCGGGCCCGGCCGAAGGCACCACCACUCCGACGAGUCCCGCUCAGUCCGAGAAUGACAAAACCCGGAUGCUGGAGGCGAAGGAGGGCGCCAAGCUGUGGAUCGCCGGCGGCCCGGGCAGCGUCCUGGCGGCCUGGUACGGCGACGCGGCGAGGCCCUGGCAGUGCACCGAAGGCGUGGGGAAGCAGUGCACGGAAGAGGUGAAGGCCAUGCUGUGCACGAGGAACACGCUGGUGGCGGGCGGCGAGAGUCUUGGCGACCCGUGCCCCCGUUGCAGGAAGAGGCUGCUGGUGCUGGUGAAGGCCGACGAGUACGUGCAGCUCUUCUGCCCUGGCCAGAUCGUGUGGAUCUACGGCGACUGCGGCGCGAUGCGUGCCGCCGACGUGCCCUGCGACGCCCCGGUCAUGCGGCGAGUGAUCUGCGACAAGCGCAUGAUGAAGGACCACAUGGCCAGGUCCUACCACGGCGCGCUGGUGGCCGUGAAGGCGGCCCGCUCGGCGAGCCGCGAGGUGCCCUGGCAGCCGUUCUCGGAGGCUGGCGACGCUUGCCCCUGCUGCCACAGCAGAUACGACUGGAACAGCACAUCCCGCAGCAAGAAGCAGCGGUCCCUCUCGAUGACGAACUGCCGCGCCUGCGGCAUGGUCGUCUGCACCAGCUGCGCGGGCACGAGGCAGGCGCUCCAGGACGUCGGCAUCGUCGACCCGGCGCGCAUCUGCGACCGCUGCGCCUGGCGCGGGCCCUCCGCGGGGGCCGUCCUGCGGGCCCUGCCGCACGUCUUCGGCGGGCCGCCGGCGCCGUGACCGCGCUCGCGUCGGCGGGCGCGCUCGGUCGGCACCACACGAGCCCGCGGCGGCGGCACCAGUGCCUUCCACACUGCGCCCCGCCCACGGGCGGGGGGCCCGGCGGCCCGGCGCUUUUCCCGCGCGUGUUCGGCCAGGCGGGCCCUUUGGGGGGCGCUCACAGUACACGCCCCGCCUGCCGAGAG